GCGUCUCGCGCAUCGCGACGAUUUUCAACUCUGUCCAAGAGCAUCUUGUAUUAUCACUGUAAAGCAGAAAGCCAGACCCCAAUCUGCCCAAUAUGUCGCAUGAAAUGUCUUACAUGGGCGCGCGUGCCUUCAACCACGAGCAGGACAGCACAACAGAACAAGAGUAUGAUCGUCUACGAGGCCUGGCGCGUCAGGAAGCCGACAAGCGCAACUCUGCUUUUCAAAGAUCUCGCGAGGCCUACGAGAAUGGCGACGGCGCAUUAGCCAAGAAGCUUUCGGAAGAAGGCAAAGAGCAUGGCCGUAAGAUGGACGCGUAUAACAAGCAGGCGUCGGAGUUCAUCUUCCGCGAGAACAACGCCAAUGGUCGCGUCGAGGCGGACACGAUCGAUCUGCACGGCCAGUUCGUCGAGGAGGCCGAGGAGAUCCUCGAGGAGCGUAUCAAAUAUGCCAAAGCGCAUGGACAGACCCAUCUACACGUGAUUGUUGGUAAAGGUAACCACUCCGUCAACCACGUCCAGAAGAUCAAACCGCGCGUCGAGCAGGUCUGCCAGGAACUCGGGCUGCAGUAUUCAACCGAGGAAAACGCUGGACGGAUGUACAUCAAUCUCACCGGCGGGGCGGCGACAAUCCCGCCCUCGUCGGCGCAUCACUAUCCCACAGGGGUACCAGCAGCAAUCGCAGCAGUAUCCGGGCCAGACACAGGCGCAGCCCCAGCACCAACAGGCGAACAACCAGCAGGACGAACUCGAGCAGGUGGUCAAUGCGGUACUGCCCAAGAUUAUGAGCAAGCUGGAGAAGGCGUGCUGUGUGGUUAUGUAGAUUGCUUGAUUGUUUCGAUCGAUUUAUAUACAUUCUAGACUUGCCAUGUCUUGGUUAUAGUUAUACCCUAAUACAUUUCUACCAUGUUAUACCCUACGUGUGAAGCAAUCCCCUAGUUUGACCGAAAUGCCCCAUUA